AUGGAUGCUACUUCUCUGACGCAAAAGGUCCACUUCACACCCAAGUCAAAUGGCGACGAGCCUUCUAGCGAUUCCUCAACCACUCUCACCCCCGGGGCUCCUACAUUAGAUUCACAAAGUCGGUCAAGCUCCUACAACACCUCUAAGUCCAGUUCAAAUAACAGUUCUCAUCCAUCAGAGCACGGCAGUCCUGUGAUAAUGGAGGACGAGGACGAGGACGCCAUAGGCGAGAUCAUCAGAACACCGGCCGGUAGCGACAUGACACCGUCGAGCCAUAGUGCCUAUUCAACUUGGUCUGGGGUUGCAAGACCUCGGGCUGGUAGCGAUACAGCAUAUGUUCCAUAUGAGAACGGGAGGAUGUCUCCGGACCCCACACAGUCGGGCACUGGCAUAUCGUCUCUUACUAGCAGUAUGAAUCGGUCAAGACCUUCGGCACCGACUAGAACGCCUUCGAAUACAUAUGCACCGGUCCGACACCCUGUGAACCUGCUGGACUCGCGUUCAUCUGGCCACCACGGUAGAUCCGGUUCUGCUACUAGAUCGCGGAGAGACCCCGUAUCACAGUAUCGCGCCGAAGAAAGAGCUUACGUUCAGCGAUUACGGCAGGACCAGCAACCGGAAUACUUCAAUCCAAAUGCUCUAUUCUAUGAGAUACAAUCGGAAGCGGACGAUGAACCUUCGCCGUCAGAAGUUCCAUAUGAUAGUGAUAUGUACGACGAUGGGUCUAUUUUUCAACGGGAAGAGGAGCUUGAAUUCUCCGAGGAGGACCUAAAGAACCCGGCUAAUCGAGAACGGUUGGAGUGGCAUACUAUGCUCGCGUCUGUUCUCACGGGAGAUGUGGUUCGGCAGGAGAAGAAGCGAUUAAUUGGUGGCUCAGUAGAGAAGGAAGAAGAAACUUUGAAGCAGGAAUUAUGGCUAGGGUUGAGAGCAAAGACAACUGGUAGAGAUUUGGUUUCACAGCGACAAGUAAUAAAUCAAGGCCGAGAGCAAGUCAGUGCCGUAAUCGACCAAGUCACCGAAUUUCAAGUCCAGGGCCGGGAUGUCACGGAGAAGUCGCCUCGAGAACAAGUCCAGGAUAUCAUCAGGAAGGUGGAAAAGUGCGAGAUGCUGUUUCCGACACGGGCUGCAAUGAUAGCCGCGAAACCGAAUGCGGCAUCGCCUAUGUUCGUUACCAGCUACGAUGCAUUGUGCGCGUGGAACAAUAUCACGGAGCUGAUCAAUACGGAGCUUACGAUUCUCCAAAAAUGGGUUGGUAACGACGAUUUGGACUUCAACCGGCCGAACGAGACACCGAACAGCAGCGGCCUAGCUGAUGAAACUACGUUUCUCGAUCGACUACUACGAGAGGAUGGUCUGAAAUCUUUGACACAGAAGCAAAAUAUGCUGGUUGGCAUAGGCGAUGUCAUCAACAAAGCUAAAAAGACUCUUAUUGAGAACGCUGAAGCAUUCCAGAAACGGCAUCUGACGCUUUAUAUCGAGGAGCUUCUUUUAAUCAUCAACUUUCCUAGUCGCCUGAUACAAGAAAUUAUUCGAGCCCGAGUUAAAUACGCGCGGAAAAUCAAAGAACCUACGGUAGUCAUGGUGGAUCAGUUCCUCAAGCAAGUCCAUAUCGCUCUUAAGCUAGCCGUGGAAACGAAACGGGAGUACGAGGAGAUAUCUCACCAGGAACCUGGCUGGGAUUUGCCGAAUUGCAUGGAUGAAAGUUUCAACUCUGCAGUUUUGGAUGGCCUCAGGACAUACUUCCGGUUUUUAAAUUUCAAACUAGGUAGCAACAAGAAUAUCUUCAAGGAGGCAGAAAUUCUGGAGUCGGAGUGGAGUUUCUGCAAUUCGGUCGGCCAAUGUGUAGAGGGUGGAGACGUCGAAGCAGCGGAACAGUUUAGCUCAUUAACUAGCAAAUUGCUUGCGAGAUUAACGGGCUCCUAUGAGAAAGAAAUCCAGCAAAAAUCCGAGGAGAACUCAGGCGAAAUCAGCAAACGAUAUAAGGCAUUGCUAGAAUCAAUCCAGCUUCGACACAGACAGUUAUUACGUUUCACCCGUGUUCUAAGUCAAAGAUUUGAGAACGCGACUGAAUACCAGGUUACUGAUGAAUCAUUCCCUGAUUUGCUUACCGCCUUAACGGAUAGUGGACAUUUUCUGAUCGAAACGACUAUGGAACAUGACGGUGUCUACCUGAUUGCCGACCCCUCGCUCCGUGAUAAACCCAAAGAUAUUCAAUCUAUCGUCCGUGCUUGCUUCCACGAAGUCGAGCUUCUACGGGAUGAACACUCUUGUCCAUAUGUCUUAGUAAUUUGUCCCCAACAGUCGUUCUUAUGGCGCGGAGAAUGCCUGAGCGUCGAAAUCAAAGAGCCCUUUGCGGAUAUCAAGGCGGGAAGGCUCCGGCUUGUCGCUGACGGCUCAGAAUUGAGACUCCGGAAGGCCCGUGAUGUCUUUGCAAAUCUCACAAAGCACAACCUGGACAUUAUUCUCGACCAACGAGCCAACCUGCCAAGAGUUCAUUACGAGUUGAUGAAAAUCAAGAAAACAAUAUUUAGACUUUCGAAUACCAUUCUUGACAGCGUUGCCACGGUGAAGAGGCAACUGGCAAAUCUUGCGUGCCAGGAUAUUGUCCAAGCUUUCUUCCCGUUUGCUACCGAUGCCUCAAAGAGGUCUUUGGCUUUUAUGGACCACACCAGGAAGGCUAUGACCAACCAAAAGACAGUUCAGAUCGCUAUCGACUGGGUUGAUUUUAUCUGUGACGAUUGUAUAUCUUAUGAUCGGAGGACCUUCAGAUGGGCCGUCGCGGCUCUCGAGUUUGCGAUGACCAUGACGAGAGGACAGAACAUCCUCGCGCUCAAUGACACCGACUAUACGAGGCUCAGGGUCAAGGUUGCCGGCUGUAUGUCGCUUCUAAUAUCGCAUUUCGAUAUCAUGGGAGCAAGGUCAGCUGUUGCAGAACGUCAAAAUGAAAUUGCCAACCAGAAAAUCCGGAAAAUGAAUGACAAAAGGACCGAGGGCGAUGACGAAGAGUACGCUAGCCAAGUCAAGAUCGAAUGGCUGAAGCAACUUGAAACCAUGGAGCAGGCCCGCGCCGCAAAAGAUGGUGAUCGCCAACCUUCUGGCCGUGUCCUUGACGAUAGCAGCCAGACAGACCGCUCUCUUACGUAUCUAUCUAGCUCGCUUUCAAAUGUUACUCUACGGUGGCAACAAGGAAAUUAUAUCGGAGGUGGCAGUUUCGGCUCGGUAUACGCUGCACUUAACUUGGAUGGCGGAUAUCUCAUGGCCGUGAAGGAAAUCAGACUACAGGAUCCUCAGCUCAUACCUUCGAUAGUUAGUGCCAUCAAGGAUGAGAUGUCGGUCCUUGAAAUGCUAGAUCACCCCAACGUUGUCCAGUACUACGGCAUCCAAGUCCAUCGUGACAAGGUAUAUUUUUUCAUGGAAUACUGUCAAGGAGGAUCCCUGGCGGCUUUGCUUGAGCAUGGGCGGAUCGAAGAUGAGACUGUCAUCAUGAUUUACGCUUUGCAAAUGCUGGAAGGUCUUGCUUACUUGCAUGCCAACAACAUUGUGCAUCGGGAUAUUAAGCCGGAAAAUAUUCUCUUAGAUCAAAAUGGCGUUAUCAAGUUUGUUGACUUCGGUGCUGCUAAGGUCAUCGCUAAGCAAGGCAAAACGAAGGUAGCAGCCACAAAACCUGGCAUCAACAGCAUGACUGGAACCCCGAUGUACAUGUCACCCGAAGUCAUCAAAGGCGAGAAUAAAGGCAAGCAUGGCAGCGUUGAUAUCUGGUCCUUAGGCUGCGUCGUCCUUGAGAUGGCAACCGGAAGGCGCCCAUGGGCCAAUCUCGACAACGAAUGGGCAGUUAUGUGGAAUAUUGCGGCCGGUAAUCCUCCACAGUUCCCUGCGAGCGAUCAAUUGAGCGAGCAAGGAAUGGAUUUCCUUCGGCUUUGUUUCGAGAGAGAUCCGAGAAAAAGACCAACGGCCGCGGAGCUGUUACACAACCCCUGGAUUGCUGUUAUCCGCAAACAAGUCAUUCCAAACACACCCUCUAGCGAAACCUCAAACUCUUCGAGCAGCAGUAGAUAA